AUGAAACUUAUUGAUUUCACAGAGGCAAUUGCAAACAGUGAGGGUUCUAAAUCGAAUUCUUUGAUAGAAGAUGUCUCUUCGUUUUGUGAUAAGAAUGGUAUUGUAAUCCCAAAAAUGGAUGAGAAGUAUGCACUUGGAAAGCCGAAGCGUAAAAGCUCAACUGUUACAUAUACCCAUAUUUUGUAUGUAGAGGUUUUUUGUGCUGCUAUUGAUUUGCAACUUUUGGAGCUUAACAAUUAUUUUAGUGAAGUGAAUACUGACCUGCUUCUUGGUAUGGCUAGUUUUAGUCCCAAUGGUUCUUUUGCAAAUUAUGAUAAAAACAAGAUUAUCAAUCUUGCUACAUAUUAUCCAAAUGAGUUCACUGCUUCUAAGCUUGAAGAUAUUGGUUGUGAGCUUGACAACUAUAUUGACUAUGUGCAAGAAAUGAACAAUGCAUUCUCUAGCUUGAAGGGCUUGCUGAGUGUGAUAUUACCUGUGGCUACUGCAACGGUCGAAAGGGCUUUUUCAUCAAUGAAGUUUACGAAAAAUGAUUUGCGAAGCAGGAUUGGUGAUGGCUUUUUGAAUGAUUGUUUAGUUUGUUUUAUAGACGAUGAAGUAUUUGAAAGUGUACCUAAUGAUGCGAUCAUUGAUCGUUUUCAAAACAUGACAAGCCGUCGAGUGCAAUCGAAAUGA